AUGGGACUCCACGGAAGUAACCUAUACAACUACUAUGUGCCUAGCCUACCGGCGGCCAUUGUCUUUGCCGCAUUAUUUGUCGUUCUCACGGCACUUCACACAUGGAAAAUAAUUUCCACCCGUCAAUGGUUCGGUAUCGCGAUCUUUGUUGGAGGAUUAUUUGAAAUUAUAGCCCUCGUAACACGAGCCUAUACACACAGCAAUACUGGCCAACUGGUGCCUUAUAUCAUCCAAUAUGUUCUGGUUCUUUUGGCACCAAUUCUUUUCACUGCUUCGGUCUACAUGUUCCUUGGUCGUGUGAUCCGUGUUUCCGGACAAGCCCAGCUCUCCCUCAUCCGCAUCAACUGGAUCACAAAGAUCUUUGUGGUUGGCGACAUUCUCUGCUUCUUGGUCCAAGCCUUCGGUGGUGUCAGCCUCGCCAAUCUCGCCAACUCUAACGAUAGCGAUGUCGGAACGAAAACAAACCGGGCCAAGGAUGUCAUCCUUGCUGGUCUUGCGCUGCAAGUCAUCUUCUUCCUGAUAUUUUCACUGUGCGCAGUCGUCUUCCACGUCCGAGUCUCCAAGCCCGGGAUCCGCGAAUCUAUCGACCCAUCACUCCGUCUUAACACAUUGCUUGUAUCCAUCUAUAUCACUGCUUUCCUCAUCACUGGACGUAACAUCUAUCGACUUGUUGAGUACAAGAGUGGUACAGGAGGCUACUUGCAAGAGCAUGAAUGGCCGACAUAUGGAUUGGACGUUGGGUUUAUGACCAUUUUCAUGAUCAUCACCUUCUUUUGGUACUAUGCCGAUACCAAGGCUCGCCUGGCUGGAAAGUACGGUUGCCUCAAUCCGGAGGAGAAGCUGUGGUCAGACAGCUUCCAGAAUGAAUUCCCUCUUGAUCAAGGCUAUGGAAAUACCCGCAAAGAGGCUGCUGAGAACAACUUCGAUCCCCGUCGACCUUGGGCCCGGGUUUGA